CUAUUUACAAUCCCCAUCAACCACCAGAUCGGAAUCUACACCCCCAGCGUGAGGAUACCCCCAAAUUUAGCGCACCCACGAUAUCUUGGCCGAGAGAAAAGGUCCCCUGUUUCGGCCCAAUUUUCCAGGGAUGAAUCGGUCUGGGCAAGGGCCACUAUGACGACAUGAUCGACAGAGGGGUAGGGUGGUUCAACCGUAACGGCCCGCGAAUUGAACUCUGCCCCUCGUUUGUUGGUUUCAAUUGAAUUGGUUUUGAUUCCGCUUCCAAAAUGCGAGAGGGGAAGACCGCGUGCUGCUAUUCCAAGAGGGGGGCCAAGGAUCGGGUGGAAAGGGGUCCAACUGAGCGGAAUACCUAGAUUCUGGGAAAUAAAAAGAACACGUGCUUUCCCCCUCGGGAGGUUUUUCGCCUCUUCUUCUUCAUCUUUCUCGAAAGUCAAAUUGGAAAGUAGAGGGAGAUAAGCUUCUUCCAGCCAGCCAAGUGUACCUGCCACCUACGUCUUUUAACUUGUUGCCCGUCCUGUGGAUUAUUUGACUCUCUGUCUGAUAAGCUCCCGGCCGAAUCUUUCCCGAACAAACAACAACCCCAAUCACUCUCAGACGAACCCUCUCUGACCACUCUGAAUAACCUCACUUUUUUCCCCCGCUCCAACCACUACCACCCAAACAACCGUCAAAAUGUCUUCCCAAAAGAUAACAACCAUCCUCCUCGACUGCGACAACACCCUAGUCCUAUCUGAAGACCUAGCCUUCGAAGGCUGCGCCGACCUAAUCAACGAAAUCGCCACCACCAAAUCCGUCCCCCUCCCCCAGCCCUUCACCGGCCCCUCCCUCAUCACAGAAUUCGUCGGCCAAAACUUCCGCGGCAUGAUGGUCUCCCUCCAGAAGCGCUACAACUUCUCCAUGACCGACGCCGAACUCGACGACUACGUCCGCCGCGAGGAAGACGUCGUCAUCGCCAAGCUAAAGGAGAAACUCGUCCCCUGCGUCGGGGUUGAUGCGGUGUUGGAGAAGCUCGCAAAGGAGGGGAAAUACAAGCUUGCUGUUGUUAGCUCGAGUGCCUUGAGGAGGGUAAAGGCGAGUGUGGAAAAGGUUGGGCAGGAUAAGUACUUUGGGGAGGAUGUUUAUAGUGCGGCGACGAGCCUGCCGGUGCCGACGAGCAAGCCUGAUCCGGCGAUUUAUCUGCAUGCGAUCAAGGUCAUGGGGAAGAGGGCGGAGGAGUGUAUUGCUGUUGAGGACAGCAAGUCGGGGACGUUGAGCGGGACGAGGGCGGGAAUUAAGGUGGUGGGGUAUGUUGGGCCUUAUCCGGAGGAGGAGAAGGAGCACAUGACACAGGUGUUGACUGAGGCGGGGGCGGUGGUGGUGAUGAGGGAUUGGAGUGAGUUUGAGGGGGUGUUGGAGAGGAUUCAGAAGGGCGAGCUUUAGAGUGGACGACAUGUGGGGUAGAGAGAUAGAGGGGCGGGUUAGAGGAUAGAUGAUGCAGGUCUAGAGAGAUACAGG